GGACGAAUCCGUAAAUUACCCGCUCCUUUUUUUCAAACCCCUAAACCCCCCGCCAUCCGACGGUCCAACUUCUUCCUCAAGAAAAAUCAGAUCUAAUCCCAACCCUUCGAUCUCCCAUUCAUUAACCCCUCCCCUUCAAAUUGCCGUCCCUCUCACUUUUCUCUUCCCCACCACAGCCCACAAAACAGAACCCCAACUUCCUCUUCCCUCUCUCUCUCUCUCUCUCUCUCUGCGUCUCCGCUCUUCUCACUGAACCGCACAGUGAAACCGCCGCUCCGGUCUCCUGAUUCCCGUCGUCCACAGCCGAAAGUCAUUGCCGAGGGAAACAAUAGCCGGAAACUCAGACGGAGAUUUUCCGACUACCGUAGCAGUAGAUCGAUUCUGUUCUGCCCUUUCACGUGACGGCUUUCGAUCCGCUUUGCUUCUAGGCGCUGUUUCAGCUUUGUUAGUGUAGUCGACGAUGGCAACAGGGACCAAGCUCGAGAAAACUGAACCCAUUCCUACAGGACCGAUGAUUGAAGCUGUCAGUAAAUUGGCGGAACACGACAUGGCUUCAAGGAAAGGUUCAGUGAGAUCUGAUACAACUCCCAGCAUUCCCUCAAGAGAUGCUAAACCUGGCAUCAAAGCUGAUGUUGAUGUAGCUUCUAACAUCAAAGGGAAUAAUGAUACGGAGUCAUAUGGGCAGCACGCUCUGUAUAAUGUGCCCACUAGCACUUAUGGCUAUUAUUACCCAGGCUAUGGUGGGUCAUUACCUCAGUUGGAUGAGCAUGGUUAUUUUCAAGCAGAUGGUUCUCAUUUGGCUCUGCAAUCUGACAAUGGCUCUAUGGUUUAUUACAUGCCUGGAUACAAUCCUUAUUCUCCUGGGGCUGUAGUUGGUGUAGAUGGUCAAACUGUUGGUCAACAACAAUUUUAUCCUUCCUCCGAGUACCUUCAGCAGCCUGUAUCUUAUGGAUCAGAGGCUGUGCCUUUAUAUAAUUGGGAUUCCACUUAUCUCAGUGACACCCCGAAUGGACAUGUUGGAUUCCCAUCUGACAACUACAAUAGUCGAGGUGCUGCUACUACUGCUCUUCACAAGUCCAGUGGGAUGAACUCUACGAAAACAAAUGGUACUAUCAGUGGAAAAUACCCUAGGCCUAAUAGUACACAACCUGCAAGGCCUCUUAACAAGGUCCAGCCCUUGGGUUCUGAUUACUCGGCAGGUUUCUUGAAGGGAUAUAAUAACACUGUAGGAAGGUUACCUCCUUUCAGUGGUCAGCAGAAACAUUUGGCAUUUCCCCAGUAUGGCUCACUAAACUACAGGCAGAAUGCUAGGUCAUGGAAUGUAAAUGAUGAUAGAAGCAGAUCAAGAUACAACAGAACACAAAGACAUGGAAGUUUCGAGUCUAAUGAAUUGUCUUGUGGCCCUAGGGGGGCUGCCAGCAGGGCUUGUGGUCCUAGGGCGUCCAACAGAAGUACCCCAUUGGAUCCUUCUACAAAGAAAGAAGACCUGGAAGGAACAGCAUGUGCCGACCAGUACAACCUUCCGGAUUUUGAAAUCGAGCAUGCAAAUGCUAAGUUCUAUGUCAUCAAGUCAUACAAUGAAGAUGACAUCCACAAAAGCAUCAAGUACAAUGUGUGGGCUAGUACUCCCAACGGAAACAGAAAGCUCGACGAGGCAUUCCGCAGUGCACAAGAAAAAUCCAGUGAGGCUAGUGGUACAAGUUGCCCAAUAUUUCUCUUCUUCUCGGUAAAUGGGAGUGGUCAGUUUGUUGGGUUAGCUGAAAUGGUUGGACAAGUGGAUUUCAACAAGGACAUGGACUUUUGGCAGCUCAGCAAGUGGAAUGGCUUCUUUCCAGUCAAGUGGCAUGUAGUUAAAGACAUCCCUAACAAUCAGUUGAGGCACAUCAUACUUGAGAACAAUGAAAACCGACCUGUAACUUUCAGCAGGGACACCCAGGAGAUUCUGAUGAAGCAAGGUUUAGAAAUGUUGAGUAUUUUCAAGAGCUACUCGCCAAAGUCAUCAUUGUUAGAGGACUUCACCUUCUAUGAGACCAGGGAGAAGUCUGUCAAUGCGAAAAAGAACAGUAAGGCCACUACUGGGGAAGCAGAAACACUUGAAAAUGGUGAUAUCGCAAAGGAUGCCAAAACUGGAGAAGAGAGAGCCGAAGAUGAUACUAAGACUGGGAAGGGCGCUAACAGCCCCUCAAGUCUUGCUGAUCUAACUAAGAACCUCUCCCUAAAUGGCUGCAGUCUAAAGGAGAAUUCUGUGAUGAAGCCAAUCGAGAACGGGCUCCCAGCUGCUGUUGUCGUUGCUGCCGCUGCACCAUAGGAGACUUGACGUAUGGGGAAUUAGAAAAAAGCUGUACCAGUAGUAGUUUUUCAUAGUUUUUACCAAUGUUAUAGCUCAAUCCAGGAGGGUUUCUUGUAUGUCCCCUCUAAAGUGUUCUUUUGUCAUUCGAUUCCCUCUGUAGUUCAUUUGUUUCAGUUUUGCUUGUUUCUUGUUGUAAGCCAGUUUUCAUAGGCUUUUUUUGGUGCUUUAGGUGAGUAAUGUCUUGGCUUCAUUUUGGGCAAAGUGCUUUCGUUUUCUCACUCUUUUUAGGGAGUCAGAUUGUUUUGUGGUGUCUAUUUUGGUCAUUUACAAUUUCGACCUUUUUCCCCAGUCUAUUUUCAGCCUUUUGUUCUUGAGUUUGAGUUUGAC